GAGGCUCCAGUUAGCCAGGAGUUCUGAGUUACAGGGUUAGACACAUCCAACAGAGCAACCAUGCAUAAACUGAUACUCUGCUGCCUCAUUAUCGUCACCUUCUCCUGUCCUCUCUUGUCUCUCCCCAUCAUCAAUGCCAGUGAGAUGUCUUAUCAACACUCAGCUGAUGAAGACUCGAGGUUAAACCUGGAGAGGUUGGGCAGCCUCGGCAGCUCCUCCCUGCUCCAGCUCCUGCCCGAGCUCCUGGGCACCCUGGCUGAGGACAGCAAAGGGCUUACCCCCAGCAACUACAACGCAGGGGAAAAUAUCAAAGAGACUUUCCACGGGAAUCAUCCUCGAAAUGCUUUCCUGGGCCGCUUCUUGACCAAGGACAGGAAACAGUACAAGAAACGUGGGAAUCUUUCUGAGUGCUUCUGGAAAUAUUGUGUGUAAACAGGGAACUCCCUGACUGGCUGCAUAAUUUAUACAGAUGUCUGGAAACAUGUAUAUAGAUUCGCUUGAUUUAAAAUGAGAAUGAAGAAACACAAAGGCAGCGCCUAACUUUAGACUCUCUGCUACUUGGAAAUGAAUAAAUUCUUGAUGUUUUGCAAUUAUGUUGUGAGCAAUGUAGUAAUUUUUUAGAGCUCAGCGCAACAGGAAGUAAUGGGAGAAAAAGAAAAAUACACAACACAAAGAGAACUUGGGCAGGAGAAACAAAAUUCCCAUGGGGUUCUGUGAAAACUCCCAGAAGAUCUCAAGUGUGUCUAAGUCCAGAGGCAAGGGGACUUUCUCCUUUGUCACUUGAUGUAGAUUGGGGUGCCAGGAAGAAGGGUCAUUGCUGCAUUCCCUGAAGAUGCUGAGCAGGUAAGGGAUGGCAGUUUAACAAUGCCCAGUCCCCCCCUGCCAUCCCCAAGACACCACAAAACCAAGCAGUGCAUGUCAGGAUCAGGCAUCUGCUCCUGCUGCUGCUGGAGAUGACUGUUUCUCUCUGUCACUUGAAAAAAACCCACAAAUGAUUCCUCUGCCCAGCCCCCAGCUACUCAUGACAGGGCUCCCUGUGCAUACCAUGGCUUUGAAGAAUUGUGUGAUUAUUAUCAAGCACAGUAUGGAAGGUAAACGUGGUUGUCAAUGUCAAGACUUUACCCCCAGAUUUGGACAGUCAGUGGAGGCAGGAAUGACAGACAGCAUGUGAAAGAUUCUGUGGCUGUGACCUGCACACACAGCUGCAGGAAGGUGAUGCAUGGACAGAGAUAAUCUGUGUUUCCAGGGCAAGCCACCUCCUGCUCGGACACUCAGGGGCAGUGAGAUUUGCUCCCCUGAGCUACCACUCACUGAUAAUGUUGCUGUA